AUGGUGGCAGUGGAUGUGGAUUCCUUAUGUGCACUGUUUACCGUCUUGCUGACAGAUUUUUCUCUUUUGUCCGUCGGUGUGGCGGGUGACGUGGCGGCCAUUGCGGCAGACUUGAAGUCGAAGGCGUUGCCCGGGGUUUUGGGAGUCUUGGCUGAAGAGCCAAAAGACGCAAAGGCGCCAGAACCAAGGCCAAACGCGGUUGAGCCGCCUGUUGUUGGUGAUGCCAGGCCACCGGGAGUCAAGGGCGGGAUAGCAUUGAAGGGGUUUCGGCCACCGUGCGACGAGUCGCCGGCGAAUCGCUUCGUUGACGAGAAGGAGCGCUGGUGGGGUUCGGAUUUGUCCGAAGCGUUGUCUGAAUGCGACAUGGACAAGGAGAGUUUACUGGUGCUGGUGUCAAGUCGUCAGUGUGGGAAGCGGGUGGGUGUGGGGGGUGACAAAGGGGCAGCGUACUUGGAGCGGCGGGUCCAGAGGUUCUCUGUUUUGUCCAUUUGUAGCAAGGGCAGAGGGAUGAAUGGGCCGGCAAACCUCGUGGGUGCCGUGUUUGUUGUCCUGGAGCAGGGCGGGAUCCACGAGCGGGAUGAGCAAGAAGCAACAAGCAACAAGCCACAAGCCACAAGCAACAAGCAACAAGCAACAGAGAGCAACACAGCAACAGAGCAAGGCGCGUAA